AUGGCUGGUGGAUCAGAUGCGAUUGAGACUACAUCUUUAUCGUGUGCUAAAUGCGGAAAACCUGCUCAUCUCCAGUGCCCGAAAUGUGUUGAGCUAAAGCUCCCCCGGGAAGGUGCUGCUUUCUGUUCUCAAGAAUGUUUCAAGGUAUCUUGGAGUUCUCAUAAAUCUGUGCAUGUGAAGGCAAAGAUUUCAUCCUCCCCACCUGAAAAUCCUGGGGAGCAAAAUUCAGGCUUGCUCAAUGAUGGUUGGCUCUACUGCUUGAGGAAAGGGCAGGCUCGGACGCCCAAUCUUCCACAUUUUGACUGGACUGGAUCAUUAAGGCCAUAUCCAAUAUCAAAAAGACGGCCAGUGCCUCCCCACAUUGAACUACCUGACUGGGCAAUUGAUGGAACACCUAAAAUUGAGCCCAACAGUGAUCUUCAACGUGUUGUUGAGAUUAAGACUCCAGAUCAAAUUGCAAGAAUGCGCGAGACUUGCCGAAUAGCUAGGGAAGUUUUGGAUGCUUCUGCUCGUGUCAUACGACCUGGGAUUACUACUGAUGAAAUUGAUGCUGUGGUCCACGAUGCAACAAUUGCUGCUGGAGGAUAUCCAUCUCCAUUAAAUUACUAUUUUUUCCCAAAGUCUUGCUGCACAUCAGUAAAUGAGGUGAUUUGCCAUGGGAUUCCAGAUGCAAGGAAAUUAGAGGAUGGGGACAUUGUAAAUGUUGAUGUUACUGUGUAUUAUAAAGGGGUACAUGGUGACUUAAAUGAAACAUUCUUCGUUGGCAAUGUUGAUGAGGCAUCUAAACGCCUUGUUCAAUGCACAUAUGAAUGCUUGGAGAAAGCAAUAGCAGCUGUUAAACCUGGAGUUCGUUAUCGAGAAAUUGGGGAAAUUAUAAAUCGACAUGCUUCCAUGUCCGGUUUAUCUGUGGUGAGAUCUUACUGUGGUCAUGGUAUUGGUGAGCUGUUCCAUUGUGCUCCGAAUAUACCACAUUAUGCCAGAAAUAAGGCUGUUGGAGUAAUGAAGGCAGGACAAAUAUUUACCAUUGAACCUAUGAUCAAUUCAGGUGUUUGGCGUGACCGAAUGUGGCCUGAUGGAUGGACUGCUGUAACCGCUGAUGCCAUGAUUGUUGUCCAGCUGCUGGUGGUUUCACGGGCGGCAGGUGGCGGAGAUGGCGGUAAUUUCCUCCACCCGAAAGAUGAACUGAACGAGUGUAUUUUUCUGUGCAAUGGCGACUACUUGUGCGAUUGUUACUGCAAUAAGGAUGCCAAUUGCUGUAUACAAUUUUGCGCGGAAAGUUGUGAUCCGAACGAGCCAUGCAAUGGGGACAUACGCAAGAAGCCUCAUUGUUAA